UAUGUAAAUUAUCUAACACUUAAUCUUGAAGAAAGACUUCCCCAAAAAUUUCUUUGAAGAAAUUUCGCAAUUUCAAACGAGGAAUCCGCCAUCUUGAAUGUAGCUCCGCCAUCUUAAUUGUUAAAUGUUGCACAGUAAGAAAUUGUUUAGUCAUCGAAACUACAUCAUCCACGUAAAAUUCCAUGGAUGUUAAAUCUAAUUUGUCGAGGAUCAUCAGCGACAUUAGAGGGGAAUCCACAGGAAGCAUUGUUAUAGGCAAACCAUGGCUUUCCUGAAAAACCCAUAACGGGGAAAGGAACCCUUAAAAGGAAAGCAUCGACGAAAUCUGCAUUCAGUUUGGAAAUAUUCGGCGAGAAUGAAGUUCUUCGUGUUGUUGGUAGUUUUGGUCGCUGUGGAAAUUGUGGUUGAUGCUCGAUCAUUGACGUUGUCGAGUGAAGAAGGCAGUCAGGGUGCGAAGAGAGUCAAAAAGCAGAUCGAAUAUGAGGGUGCAAAUUAUCCAGGAUUGGAAACUUCUAUCGCCCACUCAUCGAGCUCCGUUCAUUCUCACUCUACAGUGCACCGCCACCAUCUUCUUCCGCAUCUGCUACAUCAUUCAGUGUCCUAUUCGAAGACCCACAGUUUCAAUGCCAAUCUGCAGCUACCUCACAGCAGUCUAUCAGUCGAACACAGCAAAACUCAUCAACAUCAACAUAUAAUGGGUUAAAGAGAUUACUUGUAACAGAUAAUGGCGUGACUCUAGGCGUUGGAUAAUCUAAAUCAUAAUUUUUAAGGUGCUAUUUGAAUUUGACGAAGUCAGUUCAUCCUGAUAAUUACUUUAGAUUGUAGCCUUUCGACAA